AAACAUACUCUGAUACUGGCCAUUUUGGGGCACAGUACCAACCGAAACUUCAACUCGCUACAAUGUAUUGUUGGCCUUUUUCUGGAAUCCAAGCAGGCUCCCGAGAUCAUCAUUGAGCUGGUAGCACAUAUGGGAGUCUCAGUUCCUCUCGGAAGUCUACAGAACAUGAUUCAGUCCCUACAUUCGAAGGCGAGAGACCAGCUGAAGAACCUACCAGGGACAAACAAGAUCUACGAUAACUUUGAUAUAGAUUUUUCCAAGGGUCAACCGACUGCU